AUGGAAAAGAGAAAUACUUGGGUGCAUUGCUGUGGUAACAGCCUUACGCUACACAGUCUUAAACAACGAUGUUUCAGCUGGGCUCAGGUGAUGUGCGUGCUAUUUUCGCUGGCAAAGGCUGAGAACUGCCCCGUGUCCUGCACCUGCAUUGAAAAUACUUUCACCGUCACCUGCCGUAACUUGAAUAUGACAGCGGUACCGACGGAUUUGCCGGAGUGGAUUCGCAGUUUGCUUGUAAGCGGUAACAACAUCCCAACCUUAAUUACUGGCGCGUUUUUAACCAACGGGACCGAGGUGGGACUGUCGACGAUUUUGAUGCCAGAUAACAAUAUUCAGACAGUCGAAGCGCGUGCGUUCGUGGGACUCCCUCUCUUACAAAAGCUGGAUUUAAGCAAAAACCGACUGGUGUCCAUCUCUCCGCAUGCCUUCUAUGGGUUGUAUGAGCUGACUGACCUUUUCUUGAAUGACACAUUGAAUUCUGAUGGCUCGCAGCUGUCGGAUGCGCUGACAAACGAAAGUUUGCGCAAUCUCCAGAGACUCCACCUGUCAGGGAAUAAGCUGAAAGACAUACCCAUCACGAAUUUCAACUCGCUGAAUUUAACAGCAAUAAUACUAACCAACAAUUCCUUUCAUACUAUAGGAAAUGAUUAUGUUUCCCGCUUGUCUGAGCACAAGACAAUGCAAGUAUAUUUGGCUCUGAACCCUUUUAAGUGUAACUGUGAACUUGGGAAUUUAUAUCGUUGGCUGGAGGAUUCAUCGCAGUGCCCCGACGCUGCUCAUUUGCUGUGUUCCGAGCCAGAGAGUAAAAGGGGAUUGCCUGUUCUGAAGCUUAAGAAGGAAGAAGUGGAUUGCACAAAUGCGGAUCUGGAAACUGUAUCUUACGUAUUUCUUGGUAUCGUUUUAGCUCUGAUUGGAGUUAUAUUUCUCAUGGUUUUAUAUCUGAACAGGAAGGGCAUCAAACGAUGGCUCAACAACAUCAGAGAAGCAUGUCGUGACCAGAUGGAAGUUUACCAUUACAGAUACGAGCAGGACUCCGACCCCAGGCUAGCCAAUGUAGCAGUUUAA